UACGAUAGUAUAUGCAUUUGUACAUACGUACAUGUGCAUUCCAUUAUGUAAUACAUAAUGUACGUAAGGGAAUUAAUGUGUUCGUUUGUAACGAUUUUAUUAUAUGAUAUCCAUUAUUCUUUUGCGUACAGAUUUAUGGUCAAGAGCGCAAUACAUUUUUAUUAAAUUAUGUAAUAGUAAAGGACACAAGGAAGUCUACAUUGCAAUAUUAGCUAUAAAAAAGAUUAGCAUGCCCUGCUGACUAUAAAUUGCCAACUUCUAUUUUGUCGAUGAUACGUUUGUGGAUAGUUUCUCGGCCCAUUUGUCUGGCAGAAAUGCAAUACGCUACUAUAUUGUCGUCGGGCGGUUUCCUAUUUUGGCGAAAUGUAAGACCAUAUUAAUGAUUCUACAGCACGAUAAGCUGAACAUGUCCAAAUCAAUUAACCCGUUUGCGAACGUACAUGUAACAGGCAGGUUCAUAUACGUGUCGAUGUCAUUAUUUGUCACAAUGCAUUAAGAGAUUGAGAUGCGGUUCUUUCUCAUAGAAAGUUAAAAAAAAGGUCGUAAUCUAAACUUCCCAAUUUUUAUUCUUCUGUCAAACUGAUAGGACAAGCUGAGGUGAUAACAUAACUAGCUCCCAGGUGACAAUAGCACCCUGCGCAUUUUAAAUUUUAGAAGAUAUACGGUUUAUAUUACCCAUAUAAUUCGCACUUUUCGAUUUGGUGUUUCUAGAUGUAUACAUCAUACGCACCUUCCUAUGCAGCUUUUAUGUCAAUCCAAUGAGUCUCGCCUAUUAUAUAUACGAUCAUUGUUAAUCGUUACAAAACUACUUCCGGGUAGGUAAUCAUUUCGGCGGUACACUUUUUUGGGGUGGUUAAUUUAUAUGUUGCAAAAUGAUUGAUGACGUGUGGAGUUUUUGUGCGGUUUAAUAUUUUAUUUUGAAUUUUUCUUUAGUGCGGUGGAAUACCAAAAUGUAUGUGUAUAGGAGUAUAGGUAAGGGGAAAUUUAAGUAUAGACAUAUUGGUUUUGUAAUAACGGGCACUUACGUAUUCAAAUUAGGGAAGGAACUAAUGGCGUUUAUAUGCUCAGGGUUUUGUGUAAAUAAUGGAAUGUAACAUAUAGACCACGAAAUCUAUAUUUUAUUAUCAUGGCAUAAUUCGCACAACCAAGCUCUAUUAUAUUUUACCAUGACCUUGUUCUAAUACUGAAUAGAAUUUUCUAUGGAAUAUUUUGUAAGCCAACUAAUAUACUUGUAACGAUAUUUUCACUAAAAAUCAAUUUUAGUAUAACAUGCAAAUCAUACAAAAAUUUCAAGCUUCACACUCUGUUCGAUACAUGCUUUAGUUUUUACUAAUGCUGGUAAUUUUGUAAGUACUAGCUCGUUUAUCGACUGUCUAAGCUAAGCACUAUUCCCGCUAUACAGAAAACACGAAAUGGUAGUAAUUUCAGUUCAUAUGCUACAUAUACAUAGUACAGUUCAUCAAUAAUGUACAGUAGGUAAUAUUACUAAAGCAAGCUCAUGUGGAGAUACUCGCUAAUGAUAAGGACGCGUGUCCUAGAAAGUAGUCGGUAGUUACAUCCACAUUAUUAUUAGGGAUAUUGUUUCUACAAAUCGACAAAAUCGUAGUCUAGUCACGAUAGUGAUAUUAAUGAAAUUAGAAAGCUAUUACACGACGCAUAUUUACAAAGCGUACAUGUACCUACCUAUACAGGACUAAUUUAGCGAGAUCGUUAAAUAGAAAGGCCAUUCAUAAAAUUGUAGGCGUUUCGUGUACAAUUAUGUAGACGAUUAUGUAACUGGACUAAUGUCCCAUCGCUUGAAGUGCACUGUAUAGAUUAACAGCACAAUGCAUGGAGUGCCUUCAGGAUACCUCUACCAGUCUCCAUACCUAGCAACAACAGCACCAGGUAGUUUAGUAACUGCGCUUCCGGCCACUCAACUUACUCAUGCUGCCGCCGUUGCAGCUGCCACGACGCAGUUUUACGAGUACCAAAAUGCCGCCGCCGUCGCCGCCGCCGCAGCCGCCCCGUACCCUAGUCAGUAUGCGGGAGGUUUCGAAGCUUAUACACCUUACACUGGUGCUGCGGGCACACCUAGCUACAUGCCUUAUACAUAUGCUGCACUGCCACAAACACCAGGGCUAUCCGCCGCCACGGCAGGUGCAUUUUCAGGAUUGCAGUAUCCCACUGCUGCACAAGCACAAACCCUGCAGGAUGCCAGAUUGCAGUAAAUAGGAUUAUUUAAUAAUGUUACCAUUUUUUAUAGUGUAGUUGCAUUUUAUAUAUAUUGUUCAAAUUUAAACCACUUUUGAAUAUUUGUUAUACGUUUAUAUAUAAGUACUUAAAUUAUUGAGACUAAUAUUUGAAAUGUGUAAAACGUUGAUAGCGAGUAAUCAUUUUGGUUUUCAUAAGGGAUCAACCUAUCUAUUUACAAAAGUUCGACAAUAUAUGAUCACUUGGUCCACAAAUUUGAAAUGGUUGAACAAAGUAAAUGCCCUUUUCCUUUUAUAGGGGAGUAAAACAUGAAUCGCAUGUGGUGAUACACUAAAUGCUCAACUCUCAAAAUGUGAAAACUUGGUAUUUUCCAUAAAAAAAAACUAAUCAUCGCCAGUUAAGUGAAAACGUUCUCACCAUGGUACAAUAACUACUGUAACAUUAAUAAUGGAUUACGAUAUACUUAAACUUAAAACAGAAACAUUAAAACCUUGCAUCCAAGAAAUAAACUUUCGCACACAAGCUUUCAAGAAAUCUAUGUGGGGGAUGGGGAGCUACCCCUCAUAGAUUUUCGUAACCAUACGGUACAAUUUUUUCCACCUAGAUCACACGCUGAAAAUAAAUCACUGGCGGGGUGAGUGAAGUGGUGAGCCCCCUGCACUAUGUUUUUGUAACAUUUUAUUGCACAAAAAUAAGUUUAUUAUUUAUUGUACUGGUAUUUAUUAUAGUAACCUGGUGUUAUGAUCGAUACAGGUACAAAUUGUCUGUGAUUAUGUGUUCAUUAACUAUUGUAACACCUGAUUAUUAUAAUAAAUUCAUUACGCAGGGGUGCGGUGUAAUCACUAUCCAUAAAAAUAAUAAACCCCCAAUAGUGCAAUAGUUUAUCGUUUUGGUGCCGUACUUUAUGUAAAGAAAAGUUUCUUGCAGGAUAAUACAUCCUUUCCACGUUACGUUUUUAAUAUUUCUACAGAGUGGGUAAGAAUUUAUAUUGUUCUCUCCAGUGUCGAGGUAAUCCAUCUCGGUGUAAUUACAAAAUUUUUUAAAAUUUGAACGAGUUUACGAAGAGGGCCACUACAAUUGGAUAAUGACAACCAAACUGCUCAGAUUUACGAAGCCUUAUCAGGGAAUCGUUCGUAUUAAAAUAAAGAUACGUGCAAUAUGUUCUGAUCCUCUUACAAGAUAAAGUUUACAUACAUUAUUUUUGGAAACUUUGUGGAACCAUUAUUUACCUAACGGAAUAUCUAGUGGAAGAUUAUAAUAUUCUAACGAUAAUUAGUCAAUCUAAUAAGUCUAGUCGUAAAAUAUUUCUAUAUAUUUAGUCAACUAAAUAUUAUAUUUAUAGGUUUAUUUUUAAAUCCAAAUUAUAAGAGAAAUGUUUAUUAUGCUGCAUCUAAUGCCGCAUUCAGUGAGAAUAUAUCUACUUGUAUAUAUUACUCUCAUAUAUUUAAAAUUAAUAUAUUUGUACUGUACAGUCAUCACUUAUAUAUAAUAAUAAUUAUUUUUGAAAUUUUUAAUUGUACUGCACAAACUUGCAAUACUCUAGUUUAAUAGCGGAAGAUCCAGUUCGUUGUAUGACGGUCAUUAAAAUGAAACAAAUUUCUUAAUGCAACAGGUGACAGUCAAUUGCAAGAGUUUGUUCCAACUCUAUAGCACAAUUUUUUAUUUAACUAUUAAGCACUUAUCGUAAAGAAUAUUUUGUAAUACUUACUCAAAUGUAACUUAUAUAUAUUAAAUUAUACUACUGCUCAACAUUAGAUAAUACUAACGUAUUUAUUAUGUAAUUUAACAUAUUUUGAUUCGAAAAAUGUUCCUUAUACUGGACAGGAAAGUGCAUUAGUGCCUUCAAACAUUUUUUAAAACUUGUGAUAUUUGCACAUUAGCGUCGAAUUCAGCAUACAAAUUGUACAAAUUUACCAUCUAAUAGGAAAUGACUAGAUUGUACAAUCCGUCCAGUUGAUUAGUGCUUAAAGCUGGUUCUGCACAAAUACAAUAAGAUUUUGUGGCAUAAUUAACUUAUGUGCACAAAUGCAAUAAAAUUGCUUUAAAUUUCUUUCAAAUACAGUUAAUCAAUGGCACAAAAUUUUGUGGUAAUAAAUUUCACAGCGAAUAUCAAAUUGAUAAUCGUGAUAUACGUUUAUCUUAUAGGUAGUACUUUAUAAAUUAGAAUUAAGUUGUCUUUAUUACUGAUUUUAAUAGUUCAAAUAUAACUUCUUUUCUUAUGGCAAUAUUUUUAUACAAGGUGAGUUUUUUUUCAUUUCUACUGUCGAAUCGGGAUCUCGUGUAGCGUAAGAGAUACACAGUCGAUUAAAUGGGCAAAGUUAUGCGGAAUUAUGCUGAUUAACUUUUCAAGGUUACUUGUAGCUCGUCAAAUAGCGAAGUUAUGACAAAAAACCGACAAAUGUCAUUCUCGAGAAUGUUUUGACGUUCAUUUAUUUUCAAAGAUAUAAACAAAUAAUUUAAACAAACCAUCAGUAAUUUUUUCUUACCUUUCUGAUGGUGCUAAAACAAAAUUUUUAUGACUAGUAGGUGUGCUUCGAGUAAACCACAUCAGCUUUCUUAUUUCUUAUUGGAUUUUACGUCACUAACGAAAAAAGUUAAAUAAUUUCAAGUAAGCUAUGGAAUUAUUCCCAUAAGAAAUACUUUGAAAACAAAAAUUUUAAAUUCAUUUUCAAAUGAAAUACUAAGCAUUUAUUGCCAUUGGUUUUGUAAUUUUUCCUCUAUCGAGUGACAUAACAAUCCAAUAUGGUGUCUAUAAGAACUUAGAAUGUUGAUGUGAUUUAUCCACAAGCUACAAAAAUUUUACAUUUUUCGGUUUUUGCCCACAACAUCGCUAUUUGUAGAGCUACAACACACUUUGAAAGGGAAAAUUAAUCAGCGUAAAAUUCUGCAUAACUGCCUAUUUAAGCGACUUUGUAUAUGUUACGGUUUACGAAAUCCCCCUAGUGAAAAUAAAAAAUACUCACCCUGUAUAUGUGUUUAUGACCAAAUAUAGUGAUAUAAGAUUUACUAUUGUUUUCACAGAAGGACUUGUAUAAUCUGAAUUAAUAAAGCAACUCAAUUUUU